CGGCGCUGUAGCCGACAGACGCCGACCGUCGGAUCCCGCCCGGCCACCGCGCUGCCACCGCCGCCUGGGAGCCGCUUGCCACACGUGCUCCCACUCUGUCCGGGUUCUGGUAACUGCGGGCUCGGUAUCGCGUGGGGGCACGACUGGGCCAUGGCGGUGGCUGCGGCGGAAACGCGCGUGUUCCUGGAAGUGCGGAGACGGCUGCAGAGCGCGCUCCUAAUCCUGGGUGAGCCAGAUGAAGGAGGGAUGCACCUGGAUGUUUCCAUAACGCCCACCUCACUUUUGAUGCGAACGCCUGAUGGCUGCAGCGAGACCCAGCUUCCAGCAGAGGUCAGGCUUGUACCGUCCUCGUGCGGCGGGCUGCAGUAUAUCAGCGGAGAUGGCCUGCACCUUCGUCUGCAGGCCCGCACUGAAUCCAGCCCUCAACUGAUUUCAGUGUUUAAGCACGGCUUGCGAGCCCAAGAAUGUUGCACAUUUUCUUGCCAAUCCUGCGGUGAAGUCUUGAUAAAGGACAGGAAGCUCCUCAGGGUGCUCCCACUGCCGAGUGAGAACUGGGGCGCUCUGGUUGGAGAAUGGUGCUGCCAUCCUGACCCCUUUGCUAAUAAGCCUCUACAGCCACGAGAAAACGACUGUUUUAUUGGGGACUCUUUCUUCUUAGUGAAUUUGAGAAGUGAUUUGGAGCAGGAACCAAAAGCAAAUACCAAAGUCAUUUGUAAGCGUUGCAAGGUAAUGUUGGGAGAGACCGUAUCAUCAGAAACAACUAAAUUUUACAUGACAGAAAUAAUUAUCCAGCCAUCUGAGGGAAGUUUUCCUAACAUACCAAGGUCUCAGUUUGUUCAGAGUGUUCUUGCCCAGUGCCUGGUGGAACUCUCCUCUGCUAGAAGCACUUUUAGAUUCACGAUUCAAGGUCAGGAUGGCAAAGUAUACAUCUUGCUCUGGAUUUUAAACUCAGACAGUUUGGUGAUUGAGCCUCUGAGAAGUUCCAGGUGUGUCAGGAAGUUCCCACUGUUGGAAAAUACAUCGGAAGCUGACUCUCGCUCUGCCCUGAACGCCAUCAAAGUCCUCUACCAGCCCUGCAUCCGAAGUAGGAAUGAAGAGCUUGCCAGCGCAUGGGAAAGUGACAUCAGCGUCCACCCUUUAACCCUGCCCUCUGCAACCUGCUUGGAACUGCUGUUGAUACUGUCGAGGAGCAACGCUUCACUGCCUCUGUCCCUUCGCCAAAUGAAUUCCUUUAAGGUGGCCUUUUUGAAGAUGUAGCCGUUGAAGCUGAGGCUUUCUGGUCUACCAGCAGACAGCUCCCCAGCACAGAACAAAGCCAAGGCCUGGAGUCAGCUCUGUGAGCACAGUGUGCCAAGAUGAACAAGAACUAGAGCUGCAGAAAGAGGGCUCUGUGCUAAAGUUUCCAGUUUAUUUGUUUGCAUUUAUUCUCCGAGAGUUGACUAUAGAUCCAUGCAAACCCAAGGCUGUGCGGAAAGUCGUAGUAGCAGGUUGUCGGCAGGUUAAGUAAGUAUAGAAGUUGCACCUCUACUUCCCACAGAGAGGAAUAUUCAAGUCUGUGCUGUGUCAGCACCACCUGGAAGCAUAUUAGCUAAUGGAAACCCAUCUGUCCUGUGUGAACACAGCGAGGAACUUCAUUGGGGAGCUGAAUGUUAACUGCUGUAAGCCCUGGGAAAUAAACUUUUAAAGAGCUCUGGGUUUGUUUAAAACAUUUUUUAAAAACUAAAAUAUGCAAUUUUUCAUAUCUUAUUCAAAGAAGGUGCUUGUUGGUGUUACCGAGUGAGUGAUUAUCCAAUUAAAGUUUCCCUGAGGG